CUAUCACAGGAUCAGUAUCAUUCGCACUGCGCCGGCAACCGGUCGGCCCACACCAUACAAGGUUACGAUGAUAAUAGCGGCUCUCAUACUCGUCGCGCUUGCCGCGCUGUAUUAUUACAACACAAGGACAUUCAACUACUGGAAAGACAGAGGCGUGAAACAUGACAAACCCAUGCUCCUAUUUGGGAAUAAUCUGAGUAACUAUCUCCAGAAAAAAAGUGUCACAGAAAUCGCAACGGAGAUGUAUUUCAAAUAUCCCAAUGAAAAGAUCGUCGGGUUCUUCCGAUCUACACGCCCGGAGCUCGUGAUUCGAGACCCAGACAUUAUGAAGAAGAUCCUGACGGUUGAUUUCAUCCAUUUUUACCCACGAGGUUUGAAUGCAAGUAAGACCAUUAUAGAGCCAAUGAUGCGGAACUUGUUCUUUGCGGAUGGAGAUCUGUGGCGCUUGUUGAGGCAGCGCAUGACGCCGGCGUUCACGAGCGGCAAGCUGAAGGCGAUGUUCCCGUUGAUCGUAGAGCGCGCUGAGAGGCUGCAGGAGCGCACGCUAGCGGCUGCCGCCGGCGGCCGCACCAUCGACGCUCGUGACCUCAUGGCCCGAUACACUACCGACUUCAUAGGCGCCUGUGGUUUUGGACUCGAUGCCGAUUCUAUAAACAACGAGACCUCUGCUUUCAGAGAAUUAGGCCAUAAAAUAUUCGACGUAACAAUCAAGGACGCUAUCGUAGCGAUGCUCAAAGAAAUUUUCCCACAAGCAUGUGCUCGUUUGAAAUAUAUGGGUAAAAUGGAGCAAGAUUUGAUAAAUCUGGUAAACGAAAUACAAAGGCAAAGAAAUUAUGAACCCUCUGGAAGAAAUGACUUUAUUGACUUGCUCUUAGAAAUUAAAAAGAAGGGAACGAUGAUUGGCGAAUCGAUAGAGAAGUUUAAACCAGAUGGAUCCCCAGAGCAAGCUACGUUAGAAUUAGAUGAAAUACUAAUGGCUGCUCAAGUGUUUGUGUUUUUCGCAGCCGGUUUUGAAACGUCAUCUUCAGCUACUAGCUUCACACUCCAUCAGUUAGCCUUUAAUCCUGAUGUUCAAAAGAAAGUGCAAAGCGAAAUAGAUCGUGUAUUAGCAAAACAUGAUCACAAAUUGAGCUAUGACGCAAUUAAAGAAAUGAGUUACUUAGAAUGGUGUUUCCGGGAGGCCAUGAGAAUGUUUCCUUCGCUCGGGUUUUUAAUUAGAGAAUGUGCUCGAACAUAUACGAUACAAGAAGUAGAUAUAACAAUAGAUGAGGGUACUGGUAUAGUAAUUCCGCUACAAGCACUGCACAAUGACCCGACAUUCUGGGAUCAACCUGAAGAGUUCCGGCCGGAAAGAUUUUAUCCAGAUGAACUCAAUUCAAUCCAAAAACAAAUUUACCUGCCUUUUGGCGAGGGACCGAGAGUUUGUAUAGGUGAACGCUUAGGUCUGAUGCAGUCAAUGGCUGGACUGGCCGCCAUCUUAUCUAAGUUCACAGUGGAGCCUGCUCCUGAAACGAUAAGGAAACCGAGGGUGGAGCCCAAAUCUUCCAUUGUGCAAGGUAUCCGAGGGGGUCUGCCGCUCUUGUUCAAGGAAAGGAAGACUGUGUAGCUGACAGCUUGUUUACCAGGUUCUAGCUUGCCUAGUGACAAAAGAACCUAAGAGUGACUGAACUACUGAUUUUAAACAUUUCUAAAGUAGGUGUUUGAGAUCAUUAUAUUAUAGUAUUAAUCAUAACUGGCAGAUGCACUACAUUUGUAUAAGUAACUUUGGCGAAGAUAAGGGCACAAACAUAUUUAUUAUGUGUCUUUUAUUAUUGUCUUUAUUGUCAUGUCGUAGGUGCCCCAACUAUUGCCUCUUAUUCUGAUCUCAAUCGUCUAUGUAAAUAAAAAAAAUGUAACCUAAUAUAAAGUUAAGAUAAAACAGCAAAAAUAAAUAGCACAUCUAUCUAAAUAAUUAUGCGUCAGAGUAGGUAUAACAGGGAGGUACAUUAAACAGCAAUGUUUAUAUUAAGCUUCCAUAAAAUACCACUAACCUAGCUGUAAUAGGUAUCACAAUACAUUAUAAGGACUUGAUGAUUGAAACAACGACAUCUUGGAAGUGUUUUUUUAUUCAUAAAGCGCUAUCUCACUCUAACAUUAUUGUUUUUGUACAUGUCUAUCCUUAUUACUCUUAAGAUGUUAUUACAUAUCGAAUACGAGUAUUAUGGUUCGACCUGGAUAUCGACUUUGCCCUUACGAUAUAUUUAUGAGUGCCAGUUCUGAUAUGAUGAUAUCUGUUAUAAUAUUAUCGGCUGUGUGAUAUUAGAAUAGGGAUAUAAUUUAAGUAUUUUACGUUGGGUAUAAUUUACAAUCAAUCUCCAGACAAAUUUACUCUCUAUCACCUAAUUAUUAUCAUUAGUCACUAAAAUAAUAAAUCUGUUACUAAAAUUUAAUCACCAGAAAUUUGAACACUGUUCAUUGUCAAAAACUGUAAAAAAAUAUCUAUCAAGAAAUAACAUUAGUUCACAAAAUAAAAGAUCUGUUACUAAAAUCGAACGUUUACCUCAACACCAACAAAGUCUAUAAAAUGAUAUAUAUGUCACCAAUAUAAAAGAAUUGUUUCUUAUGUUGGUCAGCAAAAAUAGAAAAAAUCGAGUAUAGUGAUCAAAGUAUUAUUUAGGAUACACAUUUGCAUUCAUUUGGUAACUCAAGUUUGGAGCCUGUUUGGAUAUAACGAUGACAAAUAUUAUUUCUUAGGGAUAGACAAUAAUAUUAUAAUAAAAUUUAGGAAUACAAAUUAGAGAUAAGAAUCAAAAUUUUGGUAACAGAAAGUAUUAUAAAUAUAGUUGCCUUUUGCAUUUAGUUUCUGUCUUGUUUUAUUCGCGGGUGUAUAUAGAGCCGUCUCUAAACUGCGUACAGACGUACCUACGUGGCACUAUGAACGACAUACAUAUUUUCGUAGUAAUUUGACGUUUGUGAUAGCACUCGCAGACUCUGUCACUUAGCAAGCUGGUGUAGAGUAAGCUUAGUUAGAGUUUAGUUCAAUUGAAAUUUGCGUUAUAUUUGAGCAAGUCUCUCGGACUGUCCCUAAGUAAAUAUUAAAGUACAGUCGAGCGAUAAUUCGCGUUGUCGUCUAGUAAUUGUAUCAGAGAACAAAAAGUAAACAAUCACCAAAGCUAUAGACAAACCGUUUACCUACCUAAUCAUUAUUACUCCGUAAACUGAUCUCGGUAUGUAAAUGGAAAAGGCUAGCAAUUAAUGUUAAUUGCUAGCCUUAUUUUCUAUUAUAAGUAUUAAUCACAUGAUCAAACACGCGUGUUUGAUCAUGUUUGACCUUGGAAUGUAUUGUAUGUAGAUUAACUGUGUAUCCUAAAUAUAGACUGCUUUGGUAUUUCAACUGUACAAACCGGUUUAUAGCUACUCUACCUACUAGCAUGUACAGGUAGUUAGGUACCUAGAGCUCAUCAAAGCUAACUCUUCACAAACUGCAGCGUGAAAGUGUGGAGUGCAUUAUAAAUGUAUGUACAUAAUAUGUCAUAUUUUAGUUUUAGAAAUUUGACAAGUCUGGAUAUUUUAU